AUGGAUCAAAGCAAUAAUGUUACCGUAUUUAUUCUCUUGGGACUUUCCAAAAACAAGAACAUUGAAAUCCUCUGUUUUGUAUUAUUUUUAUUUUGCUACAUUGCUAUUUGGGUGGGAAACCUGCUCAUAAUGAUUUCUAUCACGUGCAGUCCACUAAUGAACCAACCCAUGUAUUUCUUCCUUAACUGCCUCUCACUCUCUGACCUUUGCUACACGUCCACUGUGACACCCAAACUAAUGACUGAUUUACUGGCAGAAAGGAAGACCAUUUCCUACAGUAACUGCAUGACGCCCUUUACCACACAUUUAUUUGGAGGAGUGGAGAUCUUCAUCCUCACAGGGAUGGCCUACGACCGCUACGUGGCCAUCUGCAAGCCCCUGCACUACGCCGUCAUCAUGAGCAGACAGAGGUGUCACGCAAUCGUCACAGCCUGCUGCACCGGCGCAUUGAUCCACUCGCCACAGUCCCUCCUCACCGUCUUCCUGCCCUUCUGUGGCCCCAAUGAGAUAGAUCACUACUUCUGUGACGUGUAUCCUUUACUGAAGCUGGCCUGUUCUGAUAUGCAUCUCAUAGGUCUCUUAGUCAUUGCUAAUUCAGGCCUAAUUGCUUUGGCGACCUUUGUCGUGCUGAUGUUGUCAUAUUGUUCUAUACUGGGCAGCAUCAGAGCGUAUUCUGCAGAGAGCCGCAGCAAAGCUCUUUCCACCUGCACUUCCCACGUCACCGUCGUGGUUCUGUUUUUUGCGCCUGCUCUAUUCAUUUACAUUCGACCAGCCACCACUUUCCCAGAAGACAAAGUGCUUGCUCUGUUCUACACCAUCGUUGCGCCCAUGUUCAACCCUCUGAUCUACACGCUGAGAAACACGGAGAUGAAGAACGCCUUGAGGAAAGUGUGGUGUCGUCAUGUACUCUUGGGAAGGAAAGUAGGUUUGCGGAAGCUUUUCUGA